AUGAAUUUUGUUAAUAGAGCGAUAGAGAGCCUUGUUAGCAGUUUCUACAAUGGAAGACGGGAUAUUGGGGGUAUUGGUAGUGGCAGAGGUGGUAGUACUGCAAGUACUGGUAGCACUGGUAGCCCUGGUAGUAGGCCGAGUGACAACAGUAUCAGGAGUGUUAGUGUGGCUGCCAGCUCCAUCCCCCCAAGACAGAGCAGACGGAGCAGCGUAUCCCACUCCAACACCAAAGACAUAGUUGAAAUCAGCAGCAGUAGUGAGGUCAGUGAGGUUGAUAGUGAAAGCGGGGGUGAUAGCAGGAUUUAUAUCGAUAGCGAUAGUGAUACAGAAGACCUGAGCAGUGGGAGCAGCCGCAAUAGCGAUAGCGAUAGCAACAGCGAUAAGGAAUCGCCCAGACACACUCACAGACGCAAAAUAAUCGUAAUACCUAGCGACAGUGAAGCGAAUAGUGAUAGUGAUGGUGCUAACAGUGCUACCACUUCCAGCGACUUGGAAGAUGCGAAUGAGUCAAGUAAUCACGCACAAACACACACACACACACUACCACCCCCAUCCCCACUGAAAAGCAUCAGAAAUGUUCCUCUCGGUAGACGCACUCCGGCGCCAUCGAGGAUGUUUGGGCUCGAUGGAGAUGAGGCAACAUAUACGAAUCACGAGAAUCACACACAGACAGCGUACAAAGAGAGUGAAAGAGAGGCGCGAGAGAAAUACCUCACGCUGGCUAGACUCUCGAUGCAGCCUGAACCUAGGCGUUUCGCGGAGAGGAAGCGGAUGUAUGAGGAGGUGGAGCAGAUUGAAAAGACGGAAAUUCCAUCCACACUUGCCCCACCCGCACCACGCAAGCAAAUCCUCGAAUCACUCGCAGCUCAGCGCGCUAGUAAGCAGAAAAAGAGGAGGUUGGGGAGUGAGUUGAAGGGGUUGAGUGAGCACAAGGAGCAGAAGCAACUCACGCAGCCCACGCAACCCACGCAAUUGCAAACAAUUCAGGACUUGCGUCAGGAUUUACUAGCCAAGUUUAAAGACAGACUGACGAAAACAAGACAAUCAACACUAUCAACACAAGCUCAGCAAUACCCAAUACCAAGCCUAGCUUGCGAUACCCAUUCAACGCUGACAAAUUGUGGAUACACUUUGCUCGACUCAAUUAUCAAUUGA